AGAACGCAGUAACAGUAUCAAAGUCGCCAACAUGUUUUCACCAAGCCUUUUCGUCAAACAAUAGAAAAGCUGCAGCGUUGUGGAAUAAUAUUUAAGACUUGCUUGAGCUUGGAAAUAAGAUGCACGUUAUUUCCCCACCCGCCAAGGACUAGUUCAUCUGGAUUUGCUAUUGAGCUCAUCAUCUACUUUAUUCUUCGACGAUAACUCAUACCUUGAAGCACAAGCAGGAUGAAAGUGUUGACGCUGCAGUUUCUGAGCCUCGGCGGAGACGAGCAGUUUCUCCGUGUACCAGCGCCCCAGCUCAAGAAAUUUAUCAAGUAUAGCAGAACACACACUACCACGGGGGAACCAAUUGUUGGCGUCACCGUCGAUAAUUUUAAAGCACUUCUUCUUCUGUAUUUCCUCGGUCGCGUGGCUCCGGCAUCAAUGCUGCAGGUUUGGAGACUUCCAGCGGAAGAAGAGAACAACGUAAGCGACAGCGAGUGCGAGCGCUCUCCUUUCACCUCUCCUGCUCUUAGCAGGAACCGGGACUCUUCAUCUUGUGCUAGCAGUCAUAAGCCUAUGUGUAGGUCUGAUUUUACGCCGCAUCGUCGUACUUCGCCCAAUGGUAGUCCCGGCCCGAUUGGAUCGGGCGGCCAAAGGACGCCGAAGAGGGAAGUCGGGACGUUUUCUAACAAUGUGGGAAACAGAAAUAAUCCGACUUUAGCCUACUCGGGUAUGCGAGACGACGUUGUUGACAACUCACCAUGUUCCCCAGGACCUUCUCCGAUUGAAGAACUUUUAGAAGAUAUUCAACAAGAAAACAUUGUAGGUGUAACUUUUUUGGCGGAACAGCCCUACUCUACAAAUCUGUCUGGCAUGACUGCAAAAACCUGUCACGCGCAGCCUGUACUUGAAACACGCAGCAUGAAUGGAGUUUGCAAUGCAUGACCAGCAUGAAGACAGACGUAUAUCAUCUUGCAUGUUGCAGUUGCGCAUCACAAAGUUAAAGCUACAAUCUUUUUUGGUUGGAUAGGAGACGGCACGGAAGUGAUUGAGUUUUUUGUCACGGAAAGCGAAACAAAUGAUCAACCGUUUUUGAACCUCGAGAUGACAGACCCUCCUGCCAGUGAUUACCACGACAUGACGACGACCAGCUCGAGUGCUCGUGCACCGCAGCCGCAGACAGCCCUGCCUCUCACGGCGAAUGGAGCCACGUCCAACAGUGCUGCAAGUUCGUCUGGUCUCCGGGAUGCCAUCGAAGACAUAGACAUAAAAUUCUUCGAGGAACUGGUGAAAAUGAUCAGGCACAACACCGACGGCGGUAGCCCCGUCUCCGCGGAUGAUGAAACGCCAACUACAGAUGCGGUUUGCACAAUCCGCGUGACGACCAAACACGUGGCCUUCCCGAUCAAGUGGCCGGGGAAGGCGAGGAACAGUGACCGCCACGAUGAGGGGUCGGCGAAUCAGGAAGGAGAGGAUGCUGGGCACCUCGAUCCUUCCGACGGCGUUGGUUCCCUGUUGCCGGCCAUGGAGCGACUGCCGGAAUGGUUGUUUUUGGAAGAAUAUCGAGACCAUCCUCUGUACAGCGUAGAGUCCGACACCCCGAAACUUGGCUACUGCUUUCUGUGCGUCAAUAACAGCACGGGCGAUUUUGAUGCAGAGAGCUUUGCUUGGUACACGGCGAAUUUCAUCCGCUUGCGUGAAGGCCAAGGCCAUUCUUGCGUAUACUAUGGCUUUGAAGACCAGGACAUCUUCGACGCCGUCGAAGCGAUUUUCCGCGUCGUUUGCCAUUGUCCGCGGCCGCGCUUGCAGGACGAUGCUGCUCGCAUCCAGCCAAACAUGCGCUGCGAAAAAUUAGUGGCAGCACAUCAGGGUACUCGUGGUGAGAUUGAUCCAGAGGCACUCUUGAUCAUGGAAGGAAAAUGGCACUUCCUAAUGCAGCAACUUCUAGGUUACAACACGACGCAGUUGUCUGGGCUCCUCGACCAUCCCUAUCGCUACCGCAGUGUGCAAUUUUGCGGGGAGCUAACCCGCGAGUUCAUCAGCGACUGCGGCGGACGGGUAGAGCAGAUGCUUGUGUUACAACCCGUGAGGCCCAUUACUGAGCGACCGAGCGGCUGCGUCGCAGAGAUCGAAAUGUUCCAUGACACCCUCGACAGUCUUCACCCACAUCCCAAAGGCAAUCUGGACUACGAGCCCGACGAGUAUUUCGAACGAAAACGACAUAGAGAUUUUCCGUUUGGAAAGGCGAUGAUUGAAAAAAUCAAAGAGGAAAUCGUAGCAGCCGCCACCACAAACGAGACGAAACGGGGAUGCUUAAACGCUGGGAAUUCAAGAACAAUUCAUCGCGGCGACAUUCAGUGUCAGUCUUCCGCUUCCAGUAGUCAAGCGACCAGCAAGCGUGAUGUCCAAGAGCACCGGCUCUUCGAAGGAAGCGAGACCGCUGGAAGUUCUACUCACCCCAAUCCUAGGUUCGGUGCCGGAAUAUCGUCAGAUAAAAUGUUGCAACAUGAUCAUCGUCGUCCUCUGAAAAAUGCCGGAGCAGGUGUGCGCGCGGGAAGAUGGAUAGCGAGGGCGUCCGGGAGGUACCGAGCGAAAAAUUCACGACCUCGGUCUGCUUGUGAAUUACUGUGGGUUCCCGAUGAUCGGCACUUUCUGUACCCGGUCAGUACGAAUCCACAUGAUGGUGGCGGGCUUCAUUUUGCUGAUAUGGCGCGUCGGGAUUGCCAAUAUUUUCUGCAGCAUAUCCAUGAUGAACACGAACACUGGACGGAGUCUUCCUUUGUCGAGCGUUUGCUUCCUGCGUUGCCUUUUCACGUUUUCACUCUCUACGCUCCAAAUGCAAAGCAGUAGAAAAAGUUUUAUUGAUGACUCCCGAUGUCGUGAAACUCGCAGAAGCACCUGUGCGUCUGAUGAGGAAGCAAAUCGAUAAAUCAGCAACACGUUGUGCGUGCAGCUGAAGUAGUAAAUGAAGAAGCUUCGUUCCAAAUGAAGAAAGAAAGACUUAGCUAACAGAUGGUCGUGCUUUCAUCUGGAUACGGCGAUGGUUCUUUUUUGCGGAGGAAGCUCUCAGCCAGAAGGCAUUUCCCUGGGUUGCGUUUCUUCAAAUCGCAAGAGAAAAACUCGAGCAAGCGAGGACGCGCGUACGAAACAACCCGCGAACAUUUACGCACUACGACUACGCUACGCGUUCCGAGCGCCAGAGCCAGAAGUGGGAAAAGAGUAACAUGAGGAGAAGCACCAGGUUCGGGUGGGAGAAGAUGCCGCUGGACGAGCAGGCGCAGGUGGAUCAUGAGUUCCGCUUUUGGAUAAACAGCGAGACCAAAUUUGUCCCGUUUGGUCUCGUGCCACGAAUUCUCGGCCAUGUCCCGAGGCGCAUUAGCAGCACUUGGUCCAGAAUGGACAUAAAUUAUUACAAGAACGAGUUCUGGCGACUCUCUCCGGACGAAAGCGCUGCUGCGUGGAGGUACCGUGACAACAUUCUGCUCGUGCCUGAAUAUCGGCAAGGCAUCUUCCUCGCAAGUGAGGAGCAGCAGCUGCAGUCUCCGGGACCAACCAACGAAGACGAUCCGCAUCACGCUGGAAACGAUGCUUCUGCGGCACCAUCGACAUCUUCGUCGGGGAGCGUUUUGGAGCGAACCGCUGCAGCAGCUGGACUGCCAGUUACACCACUAAAAGCUGGAAACGAGCUUGAGGCCCGAGUUCUUGUAAAAAUCAAUCCAGUUCUGGUCGCGCUGUUUGAUCUGAUUACGCAGCAGAACUACGAAGAAGAAGAUGGGAUCCGCCGGAACAAGGGCCUGCUGAAUUCGCGUUCGUCAAUCGAAAAACCGGAAUUCAAAACAAAAUCGUCUACUUCUUCGUUUCCACUAGUAAAAAACAGCUUAACUACGUCUACGACCGAUGGCGACAAGAGCGCACCGGACGCGUGUCAGGAAACAGCAGCGGAAGACUCAGAGAACUGUCAAGCAAAAACCAUGACGGCAUCCUUCUGGAUCCAAAAACACUCUCUGGACACUCGACGCUGCCGCGGUCUUGGAUCUCGACCACGUUUUCUUUCCGACUGUCGUCGGAAAAACUUUUUCGGAACGCACCGCGUACAAGGCUGAUAUCGUAAGGAGCCGUGCGUUUGAAGAGCUCUACGAUCAGUACACCAGCGUGAAGACGACCUGUCGUGAGACCGCGGGUGGAGACAGGAGUAUGCUUAUGGGGGUGUGCAAAUACUUCUGUGGUGCGAGACCACCGUCGCCCGGACGCAGGAGGCGUGAAAGUAAAGAUGAGGAGAACCGGACCCGCGGCAUCAACUCCCGCAACGCCCGCCGGUUUCUCUUCAUUUGGCGACACCACCUACAACUCCUGAAGACCGAAAAAUGGACGCUGGCAGACGUGGACUUUUCGACGCUUCUUGCGCACGGACGAUACAAGGACUGUCUGGCGAUGCUGGAGGCGGGGGACGAGGAGGAAAGGAAGUUGAAGGCAGCGCAAGCAAGACAAGCAGAGCAGCUGGCUUCCACCACAGCCUCGGAAAACGAGCAGCAGUAAGGCUAAGGAUUGAAGAAAUACCUUCUGUGCGCAACGGGUUCUGUUGCACCAGUCAGGAGCUUUUGCUUUUCUGUAUGAUGAAGGAUUUAAAUCGAUUGUAAGAUGAGAUAGAACUUGAAGAAGUAAUUAGAAGCUUGUUUUCGUCUUGCACCUUCCACUGCGAAGAUCAAGAGAUCAACUAUUGUAUUAAAAAAUCUGAAGAGGAUGUCAAUUGAAGCACGACUUAUGUUUGCCAAUGGUAAUUGGAAAAGAAUAUUAUAACGUGUACGACGACGUACUGCAGCAAAUUUAUUGUUGCAACGGAAGAAAAUGAUAUUUACGGAUGAGAACGACAAUGAGAUGCAAAAUUGUUCUGGGCAUUCGUUGAGGCUGAGAAGAUUCAAAAUGGAUGGAAAGAACUGAGGAACGGAUGAUUAGAG